AUGGAGGAUAACCCAGGAAAACUAAUAAAUCUGGCUUCCGUUAUGAUCUUCGAUUAUCGUUUACCCACUAUCAGACAUUGCAACACAGUGUUAUCUUGGUCAGACACUACAACACAGUAUUAUCUUGGAUCGUCAGUCUCUCAGGGCCUUGAGCUCAUAGAGGGAAUUGUUGACACGGGAGAGUGGGACUGUAGUAGAGACUUGACAAGUGAAACUACGUCCCAGGUCUUUGACGUGAAGCUGAAGACAGAAAAUGAGGAGGAAAUCCGACUGGCGCAUUCUCCACACCUUGGUGUCACAGUAACACAAUCAGCAGAACUUAGUUACGGAAGCAAUUUAGAGCCAAACGACAAAAACUCCAGAGAGCUGAGCCUUGAAGAGUCUGAUGGACUAACUCGCAGCAGCAGUGAACCUCGCCAUCGAAGAUCAAAGAGAACAAUUAAAAAGUCCUCAGGUGGGAGACGACAGAGUCGGAGACGUAGUAACUCCAGAUCUAUGGGUAAGCGUCGAUCCAGCCGAAAGCGAGGAGGACGGAGGAUGAUGUCUUACCCACAAAUGCAGCAAAGAAGCCGUGGGAAAUUUAAGAAGUUUCAACAGAUGUUUUCUGUUCAGCAGCCGCGGAGCUACAGUCGUCAGAGAGUUUCAAAGAAACCACAGAUGUAUAGGCAAGUUAUGAGACAGCCACAGAUGUACAGACAAGUUAUGAGACAGCCACAGAUGUAUAGACAAGUUAUGAGACAGCCACAGAUGAGUUACAACCAGGGAGCACAGUCCAGACCACAACAGACAUAUUAUGGACAUCAACAAAUGUAUGGUAGUCAGCAGGGUCAACAUUUUGGGAGGUUUAUGAAAAUGAUGCAGGUCUGGUAAUAGUUUCUCGGGAUAAUAAUGAACCAACCCAUCCCCUAACUCCCAGAGUACAGUGGCGGCGUCAAUGAAAAGUUCAGGGUGGAUGAAGCCCCCUAAGCCUCCUUCGCCCCUCUUAGGCACCCAUAAAUCACCCAAGUAUUGAAGGUCUGGAGACGCACCUGUAUAAGCGUAUGGAGACGAAUGGUUUUUGGGAACUGACGAGCUGUUGGAGAGUGAACAGGUUAAUAUUUCGUGAAGGGAUACAAGGAAACUGGCUUGCUGGACUUGAGUCCUGGAAGUGGGAAGUACAAUGCCUGCACUUUAAAUUAGGGGGGUUGGGAUAUUGGAUGUUUGAAGCGACAUCUAAAUUGUCGUAUCUGAGCGUCUCUGCAAAGACAGUGAUUGUGUGAAUGAUGGUGAAAGUGUUUUUCCUCUCUGAGUCACCCUGCCUCGGUGGGAGACGGCUGACGUGUUGAAAAUAUAUAUUUAUAAAUAAGAUUUUUUUUUUGUGGGCUCAUAAAUGGAAAUUGAAGACAUAGAUGAGCCACAGAGGUUUAGGGCAAUGCUUUGUCUGACAUAAAUGAACGCAAUGAGUUAGAUAAAGUGGUGAAAGACAACACUGCAGUUUCAAUCGUUUGAUAGGUAGGGUCUAAGAGACCCGGAAUCAAUUAUGACUUCGAUUUUAGUUUGAGGCGGGGUCAGGAGCCGAGACUCGACCCCCUCCCCACACACACAAACUCGGUGAAUACGUACACACACACACACAGCAACCGUUUGAAGAGGCGGGGCCAGGAGCUAGGACUCGACCCCUGCAACCACAAAUAGGUGAGUACACACACACUCGGGCUUACAGAGGACCAUUUAGGAUAAUGAGAAACUUGGCAUCGGUAGGCAACGAAUUUACUAUACAAGGAAACAAUGCUUAGAGUAACACAAAUAGGCAAACAUAACCUUCCGUUGGAGCUUAGCUCUUACACCCAUCAGCAUUUUAAAAGAGGUGUCUUAAUGCUGAAGGACUCUUGAUCCAGGGCAAUGGAGCUACCUUCCCUUUGAUCAAUAUUAAUUGCCUCACAUUCCCAAGGCGCUGCAUAAUCCCCAUGAACAUAAUAAUAAUUGUUACACCUCUCAGCUUGAAGUACAUCACUUUGAUUAUACUGAAAUGUUUGGUGCUAAGAGUGUGAUGGAAACUUGUAAACGAUUCACCCAUUAUCAUCCAUUACAUUUUAAUGUAAUUAUUUUCUUAUAACCCAGUGAAAAGCACAUGUGUAUAAAAUACCUUCAUGAAUGAAAGCUUCGCAUGUAUGGAUUAAAUUGUAUUUUACAACGUUGAUUAGGAAGGAUGUAGGUGAAGAAUAUAACAGAGGAUUUACAACAGUGAGGAGAUUCACUAUUUUUUACCGUCAGAUUACAUUGGUAAUAUUUUGCCAUGACCACCACUGUUAUAGCUUACAGUGAAAAUUGAGGUGAUACUAGACACAUCGCUUGAGAAUCAACUUAAACUGUAACAUUCUUAAAUUAACCUUUCAAUACUGUACACAAAUUAUUACAGGUCGUUCUGUUUGUUAGUAGCAAAACUCGUAUUUCUGAGUGGAACCUAUAUAUAGACAACGUUUAAGUCCAUUCUAGAUCCUUAUUUAGUUACACGUGUAACUCCGAAACAUUCUAAA